UUUCUCUCUCUCUCUCCCUCCCUCACGCCUCUCCUCUCGUCACCGACGUCUCCGUCCACUCGUCCGUACGCCUCGUUCGACCGCACAUACACACUUGCAUCGCAAAGCAACACUCACUGCCACAAUCCGCCGCUCACGACGUUCCACGACGAUGGGAAUCCGUUCGGGCGCCGUUCCCCGUGGAAACGACCGCGGCGGCGGACAUCGCGCCACGACGACCUCCCUAACUCACGGUCCGUUGUCUUAUGAUUCCAGGUACUUCGAAAAGCACCAGGCCCAUCCCUAUCAGAACGCAAAGUACAGCAGUUCUAAGGGUGGCUAUUCCUCCUCGACCACGUCGUCGGAUGGUCGCUACGAGGGACGUAUGCGUGAUUCUCCAAAUGGUAACUCUUACAGUCCAGCAGGCAGCUUGGGAAUGGGAAUGGGGACGGACCGGGACAGCCCUCGGAAUUACACAUCCAAGCCUCUUUACAAGAAGGAGAGAGAAAAUAGAGACUAUAAAUUAUCCUCCUCUAGGGACAAGUAUUCCGAUUGUGCACGAUCCCCAAAAGACAAGAGAAGCCGUGAAAGCAGGGACUCGGAACACAGGACCAACCAUGAUAGGAGUAGUGGGGAGAUCUUACAUCCCAUAAAAUUAUCAUCAAAUUCAUCAAGAGAAUCUUCAUCCCAGAGAAAACCAUCACACAAUUCCUGUCAGGAUAAACGUGGUGAUGAGCGAGGAGGUGCAAUGGAACGUACAGCAAGGUUUGGAGAUUGGUCGGAACACAUGAGUUCAUCAGGAAAGAAGUAUUAUUACAACUGCAAGACAGAAGUUUCUCAGUGGGAGAAACCACGAGAAUGGAUCAAUCGGACAGAUAAUCGUCAACGCCAGUCUAGUGACUAUUCUUCUAGGUCAAGUCAUGAUAAACAUUCCAACUCGCGAUCAAAUAGCAGUAGCAGUAUGCGAGAUGGUAAAUCGUCGCGACAGUCUGACAAACGAGAAUAUUGGAGCGCAUGUGGCGGGAGUGGUAGUAGCAGUAGCAGAGAAGAUGUUUCUGCGAGGGAAAGGGAGCGGGAAAAGGAACGAGAAAGGGAACGAGAACGCGAACGAGAAAGAGAAUCCUGUAGAGAGGAAGCUAGUGUGGAACGUCAGGCUCAGGAUAUGGAUAUCUCGCCAGGCGAUUCCACACCCACUUCAGAACCCGUGACAUCAUCCUGCGCUCACGAUCCACUGCCACAGGGCCCUGUUCUCUUGGCCACUGCAUUACCUCGAUUAACAUCACAUCCACCGACAACGACACCGCAGGCAGCUGGAAAACUUAGUUCGCCUACACAACAACAAGGAAACAGUAACGCCCCGGGACCACCGGUGUCACUGGCAAAUCUCCCAAGACUUAUAUCGCAAAUUACGGGCAACAAAGAACAACCUGAUAUCACUCCACAGAAAGCAUUACAGACAAUUCAAACAGCCAUCUUGUUAUCUCGACAACAGUCCGCUAGUGGAGACCGAAAUAAUAGUGGAAGUGAUGUGAUGGUCCCGCUAAAAGUUGAUACAAGUGGCAAUAUUACUAGCGAGGGUCCACCUACUCCCACACAUUCAGAAACCCAGGAUUGCAUUGACGCACGAAAAUUAACGAGUCCUGGGGGAACAAAUUCUGGAGUACAAGGUCUGAGCUCGUUGCAGAGCCUCAGUACAUUAGGGUCCCUUGGAAAUUUAAGUAAUACAGGAGGUUUACAGGCAUUAUCUAGAGUGCAGCCUCCCCUAACACCUUCUUUAACACCAUCGCUCGCUAAUCAUUAUCGGGAAGACUUGACGCAACACGUGCGUGCUUUUCCCGCUGAUAUUCUCGAAAAACAGGCACAGAAACUUAGUGAGGAAGCACAUACAAUGGGCAGUUUACAAUGUACGAGAGUGUCUGCAGAAUUAAAAACGGCACGAUCGAUAGUGAGGCUGACAGAAAUCCAGGCAACGUUGCAGGAACAAAGGAUAUUAUUCCUCCGUCAACAAAUUCGAACACUGGAGGAAUUAAAAUCCCAAAAUUCCUUCAUGUCUGAUGAUUCUUAGUGUAAGAAUCUUUAUAAAGUAAUUAUAAUUAAAAUCUAUAAUUAAUUCAAGCAAAAAUAAAACAUGAUUAUUAAUAUUCUCAUUAAUAUUGAAUAAUUAAGAUUGUACCUAAAUUAUAAUAUCGUAAUAGAAGUGAUAUAAUAGCAAAUGAACAUGGGCUGCUCAGAGAGGAUCGGCUGUUUUAUUUAACAGCCAAUGAGUCUUAACUAAUGAAUAAAUUUAUUAUUAGUGAAAUCCACCUCUCUGAGAAGCACAGCAGGCCUAUCCAAGUCGCAAACACAACACUAAAUGAAUAGAAAAAACAAAUCAAUUUUAUCAGUUCAAUGCAAACUGCUGAAUUGUAUAUCUGAAUUAUCCACAUCGUCUUGUAUUUACCUAUGUUAUACGUGUCAAUGUUUCAUAUCCCCAGAUUAAGCGGCAUUUUAACUAGUUGAAACAUUUUCGUUGUAAAUCUCGGAAUAAAAUUCGUGCCACAAGUUUUAAUACAGUUCUUUAUCGCCAUAGUCUCACUUACCUAAUCUCCCAAAUUUUCUUUUUUCAUUAAAAGUUUACAUCAAAUAUAUAAAUAUUAUAUAGGGAAAAAGAUAAUAUAGGGAAUUGUAUGUUCUAUAUUCAGAUUUGUGUUUGAUCUCCAAUUCAUUUUAUUACACAGGGUUUUUGACAUAAUAGAAUGUAUCAUCGCUGAGCGAGCACAUAUUGAUAUAUUGUUAUAUACAUGCUCUCCUAUUUACAUCGUGUAAUUAAAAAGUAUAUAGCAGUGUCGAAAUCUUUAGAUUAACUUAAAUAGCCAUCAUUUAACUUUUAAUGUGUAAAUAGCAGAAUCAGAGUGAGUACUAUUAUUUGUGAACAAAAUUUGAUGUAUGUUAAAUUUCUUGAGUUAGUAAGAACAUUAUUGUAUCGAAACUGUGGAUCUAAAAAAUAAACAUAUGCAUUUUUUAUAUUACAAUUACA